AUGGCUGGGCAAACGGCAAAAGCAAAGGAAGCAGGAAAAGAUGACAGACAAGAACCCAGAGCUGAGGCGACGAAAGAGAAGCUGCUGCCAUCUCACCAGCAGCAAGAGCCUCCAGCUUCUGUGGUGGACAAGGAUUCUUCUGGUGUCUCUUCAGUCCCUGGCAAUGAGUCGCAGGUCCUAGAUGGGGAUUCUGGUGAGUUGAAAGUGGAGGAAAACUUGGAUAGUAAUGGGAAUAAGGAAAAGAAAACGUCCCAGAAGAGCAGUACAAGUGAUGGCUUUGCUUCUGCUAAAGUGAGUGAUGGGACAAGUAGUUUGAGGAAGACCAGUGGUAGUGCGACGAUGAGUACACGGGCUGAUUUCACUGAGAGUGGGAAGAGUAGCAUGUGCCGUGCGAGCACGGGCAGUGACAUUAGUGAUGAGAGCUCCUGCAGCAGCAUGAGCAGUGCCACCACGAAGCCACACAAGGGGAAUGAUUCAAGGUGGGAGGCGAUCCAUGUGGUGAAGUCCAGGGAUAAUGUUCUUGGUCUGAAUCAUUUUAGGCUGCUUAAGAAGUUGGGUUCUGGUGAUAUAGGAAGUGUUUACCUCUCUGAAUUGAGUGGUACACGGAGUUACUUUGCAAUGAAGGUUAUGGAUAAGACUUCUUUGGCGAGUCGGAAGAAGCUGCUUCGAGCUCAGACUGAGCGGGAGAUCCUGCAGUCCCUGGACCAUCCAUUUCUACCAACCCUGUAUACUCACUUUGAGACAGAUAAGUUUUCAUGCUUGGUUAUGGAAUUCUGCCCUGGAGGGGACCUCCAUACUCUUCGCCAAAGGCAACCUGGAAAAUAUUUUUCAGAGCAAGCAGCAAAGUUCUAUGUAGCAGAGGUGCUCCUUGCAUUGGAAUACCUGCAUAUGCUUGGGAUUAUAUACCGUGAUCUUAAACCAGAAAAUGUCCUCGUUCGGGAAGAUGGCCACAUCAUGCUGUCAGACUUUGAUCUCUCUCUUCGCUGUUCAGUAAGCCCAACGGUGAUCAAGUCUGCAAAUCCUGGCCUAGAUGCAAUGCAGAGGAACAAUGCAGCAUACUGUGCCCAGCCUGCUUGCAUUGAACCAUCCUGCAUUCAGCCCUCUUGUGUAGCUCCAACUACUUGCUUUGGCCCCCGGUUCUUCUCCAAAUCUAAAUCCAAGUCGAAGUCCAAGUCCAAGAAGAAGUCAAAGCCUGAUGCUGCAAACCAAGAGAACCUCUUCCCAGAGCUCAUUGCUGAGCCAACUGAUGCUCACUCGAUGUCCUUUGUUGGCACCCAUGAGUACUUGGCCCCAGAAAUAAUAAAAGGGGAGGGCCAUGGAAGUGCUGUGGAUUGGUGGACCUUUGGCAUAUUCUUGUAUGAGCUGUUGUUCGGCAAGACCCCUUUCAAAGGUUCAGGCAACCGGGCUACACUCUUCAACGUUGUGGGCCAGCCCUUGAGGUUCCCAGAGUCCCCAGUAGUGAGCUUCUCUGCGAGGGACAUGAUAAGGGGAUUGCUAGUCAAGGACCCACAGCACCGACUUGGGUACAAGCGUGGUGCUACCGAGAUAAAGCAGCAUCCUUUCUUCGAGGGCGUGAACUGGGCUCUCAUAAGGUGCGCGAGCCCUCCAGACAUACCAAAGCCUGUUGAGCUCGAGUGCCGCCCAAAGCAAGUGCCAUCAGCAAAUGGAAAGGUCGCGCCAGUCGCUAACCAAAAGGGGCCAGAUAAUUAUCUAGAGUUUGAAUUCUUCUAG